AUGCCAGAGAAAUGCCUAGGCAGCUUGGAACACCGGCCUGACAUGGAUAAGGGACAUGUGGAGAAAGACGAAAUCCAGAAUAGGUUCAGAAAUUUGAAAGAGACAGUCCACAGACAAGAGGAAAGACCCAAGAAAUCUGAACUACAGGAGGAUAUAGUUCAAGAAAAGAUUACCAGCUUGCAAGAGCAGCUCAGCAUACAAGGCUUCUUUCAAAAAUACAGUGGGUUAAAAGAGAGGCUCGCCAUGCAUGAAAGACUCCUAGAGAUUGCGGAUCAACAAAUAAACACACAGCAAGAGCUCAUAAAACACUUGUUUGAAGCGCAAACCUCAACUUCACGACAACUUGCCCUUAUUAAACAAAAGCUUUCGCAACAACCUGAAUGUAUGCAACAGCCACAAGUGGAAGAACCCGAGGGACAGCAGUCUAAUCCGGGUGGAGGAGUCAACAAAAGUACAUAUGCUUCUGAUUAUGUCCUUGUCUCGGAAGAUGAAGCCGCCAAUUAA